UAGAGUUAUUAAGAGUUAAACCUUUCUCCUCUCUUGGUUCCAUUUUCAUGUUUUGUUUUAAUAUGGAAACGUGGCGUUAACAAGAUGAAUCGUGUGCUUCUCUCAAGUUGGUUCCAUGAUUGCAAAUCAGUGCCCUUAUCACACGUGCAACCACCAGAAAGUAGACCUCACACGGUUGUUGCUUCCGGCAACUCAAUCCCGGUGGUGGAUCUUGGAGCACUUGAUCAUGCUCAAACCUUGACACACCUUCUCAAAGCCUCCCACGACUUUGGAUUUUUCCAUGUUAUCAACCAUGGAGUUUCGAAGGAGUUAAUGGAUGAUAUAAUGAAUAUUUUUAAGGAAUUUCAUGGCAUGCCUGCGGAAGAAAAGUUAAGGGAAAGCUCCAGAGACCCAAAUGGAAACGUCUGCAAGCUGUAUACAAGCCGUGAGAAAAACAACAAAGAUUUCGUUCAGUUUUGGAGAGACACAUUCAAACAAUUGUGUCCACCUUCUGGACAAUUCAUCGAAUAUUGGCCUCAAAACCCACCAAACUAUCGUGAAGUAGUAGCGAAGUACGUAGAAGAAAUGAGAAGAGUGGGAAACAAAAUAUUGGAGCUGUUAUGUGAAGGAUUAGGGCUUGACCCAAAGUACUGUUGCGGUGAACUGAGCGAUAAUCCAUUAUUGAUAGCUAAUCACUACCCGCCAUGUCCAGAACCCAGUUUAACUUUGGGAGCUUCCAAGCACCGGGAUCCUACCCUUGUUACCAUUCUGCUUCAACAAAAUGAUAUAAGUGCACUUCAUGUCCUCAAGGAUGGGGAAUGGAUUGAUGUUCACCCUAUUCCCUACGCUUUUGUCGUUAACAUUGGCCUUAUGUUCCAGAUCAUUAGCAAUGGAAGGGUGAUGGGUGCUGAACACCGUGUUGUGACAAAUGCUGGCACUGCCAGGACUACAGUUGCAUAUUUCGUCUGUCCAACAAAUGAAAAAAUUGUAGAACCUGCAAAGCCUUUGACAAUGUCGGGUGCACCACCAAUGUACAAGUCCAUUAGAUAUGAAGAGUUUAUGAAAAUUUUCCUCACAAAGGGUGCUGACAUUGAACCACUGUUGCUCUUAUAAAUUUGGUUUUAUCCUUUAAUUUGGAAACACCAAAGGCCACUUCUUACAACAGACGUGGAUUUAAUGGAAAUAAAGUUGAAAGGUUUUGGUCAUUUGGACUUUAUGCUUGCAUAAGGAAUAUAUAGUAUUUUCAAUAAGGAGGUCCCAGGAUCUUGAUUAUGGUAUUGUCAAAUCAGAUAAAGGGUUUUACUUUCUCAGCUUAUAUGUAAUGAGUGGUUAAUAAAUCCCCUUGAAUCAGAUAAAGGGUUUUACGUUCUUCUAGUUUACAGAGUUCAACUCUAUCAUGUAUGAAGCUUGAUAUACAUAUAUAAUAGGUUUGUCACCUAAUGAAUUAUUGUUAUCCAGUAAUUU